UGCAGUGUAACGCAAUCUCCUAUCAAUAUAUAUUACUAUGAUGUUAGCCGACGCAAGGUAUGAGACUCGUCAUCGGGUCACAUUGCCCGAAAGCUUGCUAUUCAUGCAUCCAAGAUAUUGGCGCUUACUGCACUUCUCUCCAUGGUGUUGGACUCAUCUUCUCUGGAAAUCACCAGGGCGAGUUCCCCAAUGGCAACGUCACCCUCAGUACUAUAAGCUCAAAUUUCCGUCAUCACGAUGUACAGUUUAAGCAUGUUGAUUGUUCUCGGGGGUCUCCUGGGGCUGUAUGUCCUGUGGAAGUCAAAGGCACCACGAGCCCCUCUCCCUCCGGGCCCCAAAGGUCUGCCCAUUAUCGGCAACGUUGGUAGUGAUCUUCCACGCGGGGGGAAAGAUUGGGAACAUUGGCUGAAGCAUAAGGAUUUGUAUGGUCCCAUUAGUUCGGUUACGACGGCAGGGCAUACUCAUAUUAUUUUAAACGACGCCAAUGUAGCAACGGAACUGCUGGAAAAACGAUCGGCGCGAUACUCAUCUCGACCAAGAAUGGUGAUGGCGCAUGAGCUUUCUGGAUCGGACAUCUUUGUCACCGUGCAAAAUGAUCACGCUACUGUUCGUGCACAACGAAAAUGUAUACUUUCACAGCUGCGCUCGGAAAACGCGUUAUCAUCGUUUUACCCGCAGGUUGAUAUGGUGAUCCGACGCUUUCUGCUACGGGUACUGCAGGAACCGGAUAAGCUGAUCGAUCAUGUUAAAACAGGAAUCGGGGGAGUCAUACUGAAGGUCGCGUACGGUUAUACCGUCGAGUUUCAUGAUCACGAUCCGCUUGUUGAUCUCGUGAGCAAGACAGCAUUUGCAUUUGGCAGGAUAAAUCAGCCAACCGGUUAUCUGGUGGACAGUAUUCCCGCCCUGAAAUACCUGCCGAGUUGGUUUCCGGGGGCUAGGUUCAAAAAAGAAGCCCAGGAGUAUCGACGGGGAUUUGACGCAUUGGCCAAUUGGCCGUUCGCCUUUGCUCGACAUCAGAUAAAGGAGGGCACCCAUGAACCUUCAUUCGUUUCAAGGCUGAUUGAGCAGAAAGGCUCGCUACUUAGCCCCGAGGAGGAGUUGAAGAUCAAAUGCUCGGCAGCUUCAGUCUACCAAGCCGGUUAUGAUACGACAGCAUCUACCAUCACCUCCUUCUUUCUGGCAAUGGCGCUCUUCCCUGCCGCACAGCACAGGGCCCAGGAGGAAAUCGACCGAGUUGUAGGAGCAAGGCUACCUACGCCUGACGAUCGAGGGAAAUUACCCUACGUGAAUGCGCUUAUCAACGAGGUUCUACGCUGGAACCCGGUGGUUCAAAUCGGCAUUAUGCACGCAACCACAGAAGAUGACAUCUACGAGGGCUACCUGAUCCCCAAAGGGGCCUCGAUAGUCCCCAACAUUUGGGCAUUUGCGCACGAUCCCGACGUAUAUUCUGAUCCCAUGUCAUUCAGGCCCGAGCGCUUCUUGGCAUCAGACGGACACACACCAGAACGGGAUCCGCACACGUUGGUCUUCGGGUUUGGUCGCCGGAUUUGCCCCGGUCGUCCGCUGGUGGACUUCAAUAGCUUUCUCACGAUCGCACGAUCACUCGCAGUCUUUCAGAUCCGAAAGGCCAUGAAAGACGGCAGGGAGAUCGACCCCAUUAUAGAUUAUCAGGAGGGAAUCGUCGGUCACCUAUCGCCCUUCGAGGUUAGCAUCCAGUCGCGAAGCACGGAACACGAAGCCCUCAUCCGUUCCAUUGAGGUUGAAGAUUCUAUUUCACGAGGUGACUCGGCAGUACUUGAAUCAGUCAGAGUAUAGACUAUAUACCUGCUUUCAAUGUAGUCUUCCAGGCUGUCUGGUAUUUCUAGAGGAGGUCGUUGCGGAAUGUAUUGCAGGCGAUAAUCACUUAGGUAGUUUUCACUUUAAUUAUAUAUCUUUUAGCCAUGUCGUGAGUGCAACAUGUAUGUUGUUGAC